AUGUCCGACAAGAUGGCGGCGGCCGCGGCCUGUCCGCAGCCGCAGCCGCAGCCCGGUCCCAGCCCCGGCCCCAGCCCCGGUCCCGGCCUCGGUCCUGGCCCGCCGGCGGCCGAGGCGGAGCGCGGGGCCCCGCGGGGCAGCGCGGCGGACGGGGAGGCUGAGGCGGAGGAGUUCGGGUGCCCGGCGCACUGCUCCGACCUGGCCUGGCGGCAGAACGAGCAGCGCCGCCACGGCCUGUACUGCGACAUCACGCUGGCUUUCGGCGGCGCGGGCAUGGCCCGCGAGUACCGGGCUCACCGGUCCGUCCUGGCCGCCGCCACCGAAUACUUCACGCCGCUGCUCUCGGGGGGGUUCGCGGAGUCGCGCUCGGGUCGCGUGGAGCUGCAGAAGUGGAGCUCGGAGGGCGGCCCCGACCCCGACACGGUGGAGGCCGUUAUCGGUUUCAUGUACACCGGCACCAUCCGCGUGAGCCCCGGCAACGUCCAUGAGGUGCUGGAGAUGGCGGACAGGUUUCUGCUGACCCGGUUGAAGGAUUUCUGCGGAGAGUUUCUGAAGAAGAAGCUGAACCUUUCCAACUGUGUGGCGGUUCACAGCUUGGCCCACAUGUAUUCCCUGAAUCAGCUGGCCCUCAAAGCGCAGGAUAUGAUCAGGAGAAACUUCCACAAAGUCAUCCAAGAUGAGGAGUUCUACACUUUGCCAUUUCACCUUGUCCGGGACUGGCUCUCAGACUCAGAGAUCACGGUGGACUCUGAAGAAAUCCUCUUUGAGACUGUUUUGAAGUGGGUUCAGAAGAGCCCUGAGGAAAGAGAGAGGUACUUCGAAGAUCUCUUUAAGCUGCUAAGAUUGUCUCAGAUGAAACCCACAUACCUGACUCGCCACGUGAAAUCUGAGCGGCUGGUGUCGAGCAACGAGGCCUGUGUGAAGCUGGUGUCCGAGGCCGUGGAGAGCCAUGCCCUGCGCUCUGAGAACCUGCAGUCAGGGAACCUGCAGCACUCGGCCUGCCCCGCUGCGCUGCUGCCGCGCUUCGGCCAGAACAUGGAUGUCAUCAUGGUCAUUGGCGGCGUGUCCGAGGGUGGCGACUACCUGAGCGAGUGUGUGGGCUACUUCAUCGACGAGGACAGGUGGGUCAACCUGCCUCACAUCCACAACCACUUGGAUGGGCACGCUGUGGCCGUGACAGAGUCCUACGUGUAUGUGGCCGGCUCCAUGGAACCGGGCUUUGCCAAGACUGUGGAAAGGUACAAUCCAAACAGAAAUAUUUGGGAGCAGGUUUCAAACCUCAUCACCAGGAAGCAUUCCUUUGGCCUUACUGAAGUGAAAGGCAACUUGUACAGUAUUGGUGGGCACGGCAAUUUCAGUCCAGGCUUUAAAGAUGUGGCCAUUUAUAAUCCUGAACAGGACAAAUGGCUGAACCUGGAGUCGGCACCAAAGAUCCUGCGGGAUGUCAAGGCUGUCUCCGUGGAGGACCGGUACGUGUACGUGGCCGCCCGCACCCCGGUUGACAGUGACAGCGAGGACGGGCUCAGGGCUGUUAUUAUCAGAUAUGAUGCUGAAACCAGGCAGUGGCAGGACGUGGAAUCCCUGCCCCUCAUCGACAACUACUGCUCCUUCCAGAUGUCUGUUGCCAGCACCAACUUCUACCACACAGCAUCGUGCUGCCCCAAGAGUUACCCCAUAGACAACGAGGAGGCCAAGGGAAAGAUCUCCAGCAGGGCCUCGGAUGAAAUCCUGGAAUCCUUGCCCCCUGAGGUGCUGAGCAUUGAAGGAGCAGCUAUUUGUUACUACAAAGAUGACGUGUUUAUCAUUGGGGGGUGGAAGAACAGCGAUGACAUUGACAAGCAGUACAGGAAGGAGGCUUAUCGCUACUGCGCCGAGCGCAAGCGCUGGAUGCUCCUGCCCCCAAUGCCACAGCCCCGCUGCAGAGCCACUGCCUGCCACGUGAGAAUCCCCUUCAGGUGCCUGCAGGGAACACAGAGGUACCCCAUGCCACAAAAUCUCAUGUGGCAAAAAGAUAGAAUCAGGCAGAUGCAGGAAAGGCAGAUGCAGGAGAUCCACCGAUACUCCCUGAGCUUACGGAGGAUGCCGCGCUCCCAGAUCGAGUGCUAGUGUCUGCAGUAUCACUCCUGAUGAGCCUAGGAAAUAAACCCAUUUGUUAGGCUUGAUGUGUCUUUAUAAGACAUGAGGGUGUGGAUUUGAUUUGAUGCAUAAAACCAGCAUCUGUUGUGUACUGAAAAUUCAGAAGCUCAGAAGUUGAGGGUGGGUGGGAAUUGAGACACUCCAUGAAUCCAAACAGUAUUCCUUAAUGAUGCCCAGGGAAAAGCUGUAGCCUGUAUCGGGCUGUGAAAUGUCUCUGGGAGCAUUAAGCCUGUUACUUCUUUCCUCAGAUCUUUGGUUCCAAGGAUUUCUGUAGAGUUAGUCUCUAACAGUUCUCCUUGGAAAAUCAAAGAUCUCUCUCUUAAUAAUUUAGUGGUUACAUUUGUGUGUGCUUGAAAGCACCUGUUUCAUUUGCACUUAUCUCUUGACAUUCCUUUGAUUCUCUCCUCAGUGACUAAACUUCACAGGAUUGGUGUUGGUGUACUUGGCUUUCCCAAGCUGGAGGCAAGUGCAAUAGCUCUGUAUGAAACAAAAGCACAAUCUUUAUGAAAUUACUUCAGGAUGUUUCUAUGUGUAUUAAAUAUUUUGUAUUUGUGUGUUGUAGAGAGGCUGCAGAGUUUGUUUAUAAAUGGAUGAUUGGUUGGACACAAAACACUUGCUAAAAGAGAGCUUGAGGCAGUGGAUUUUUUUCAGGUGUAUUGCAGGUUUGAGUCUGUCUCUGACUCAAAAACUUGGGUCAACAGCCUGAGCAAAGGAGUGACACCCGGCCAUGAGCCACCCACCCACACUGGUUGUUUAGUUCUGUCAGAGUGGAUCAGUGAGAGUGGGAUUAUUUCAUGGGAAUAUAGUGAAACCGGGGCUACUUGUAGGUCUCUUCUCAAAUGUUGCACGUUUUCAUUCUAGUGAAAAGUGAUGAAAGAGCCCCUGCUGUUCCCAGCCUCUCUCUGACAAUCAGAAGCCUUUGCCCUCCUGUGCUGUCCCAAGGGGCUCCCAGCAGCUGUGCUCCUGCAGGGUGGAGAGCUGGGCUUUCAGUCUCCAGGGAUCUGAAUUUCCCCACUUGCUGUGGGGUGAGAUUUAAGCUCAUUUAAACACCUUUUGGCAUUUUGAGGUGUCUGUACAUGCCAGUGCCCUGAUUGGCUCUGGAUUGCUUUCUGCUGCACUCCCAGGGAACAGAAUGUGGGAUAAUCCCUUUGGGGUAUCCCUGCCUCUCUGUCCCACUGAGCACUCCUCCCCAGUCCAAGAAGCUCCAGGACCCUUUCAUUUACCAACAGUUUCAGUGCAUACUUCCUACCUCCUUUUCUCCUCAUCCUUCCCUUCUUUUGAAUGUUCCAGGUUUUUCCAUGCAGUCUUAACUCAGGAUCUUAGGGAAGGGAAUGGGAGGAGUAACCUGGGUAUUACAAAAUUUGUGUAGGCAAACCUUUCUGGAAAAUCUGUUACUGUUCUUGGUUUGUUGAUGAUUUGCUGGUGGUUUUGCUGUGGGUGAGUUCUUUGCAAAGAACUUUUAACCAAUUUGGGGUUUGUUUUGGUCUUGUUUUGCUUCCUGAGCUGCUCAUUCUCCUUUUCUAGUUCAACAGGCAGCCCAGAUCAUAUCUGAAACUUGGGGUAAGUCUUUCCACCACUCAGUGUGUAAAGGUUUCUCUGAUGUGUACGUCUCUUAAAGCUCCACUUUGUGGUUCGUGGGCCACUUUGAUAUCAACAACUUGUCUGUUUGUGAGAGAGUCUCCAGCCUUAGUUAAAAAAACUACCAAACUUGAAAUUCUGAGCAGUUUGUCUUGGUUUACUCCUCUGUGGUAACCAUGUUUUAUUUUCUUUGCCUGUUUGGUUGUUGGGCAGGUGAAGUCUGUACCACUGGCUUCAUGCAAGAGGAAGUAGGUGGGUUUAAGGUGAUGUUUGCAGGUGACUGUUCCCAAACAGCUGCUGCAGGCUUGUAAGCUGGGGGUUGAUCCAUGGAGUCUUGCAGGUCUGGCUGGAGUAGGUGCAGAAUUGCUGCUCCUGCAGCAGUUUGUGAUAAAGUGCAAAUGCCUCUGGUGCUGAAUCCAUCAAUGUAACAGCAAUUUGUGGGAGCUGAUUUUAAGAUACUUUAGAGGGAUUCAUGUCCUCCACCCUGCUGAACCAGCUGGCAGGAUUAAACAGGCAGUUGGAGAGUGGUAGGUCACCACCACAGCUCUCUCCAAGCUCUCUUGUAGUCUAUCCUCAAAUACAGACAAUCUGUAGGCAGAAACACCAAGAUGGUUCUUUCAGUUGGAAUAGGAGCUGAAUAUUUAAUGCAUGGCACUGUGCAACAAAGAGGCAAGAACAAACCUUGCGGUCUUGCUUUUUCUAAGCAAAAUUGAUAUUGCACUUCCCAGGAGGACUUUGGGCUGAUGGACAAGCUGUGGCAUUUACUCAAAGCACUCCCCUGAGAGCCAGUGUGAGCCCAGCCCCAUCCCUGGACAGGUAACCCAUGUGUGCCAGCUGCAUGCUGUGUGUGCUUUGCUGUCCCUCCAUGUGCUUGGGGUGGGGGCUGGCAGCAGCACAGGCUGCUCUCAAUGUUUGCUUUGCCAGUUCUGGGAUAGUGUUAAGCAGUUGGGGUUUUUUAGCCUUGAAUCCCAGGGGACCAGUGGCACUGCUGUGGUUUGUGACUAAUAUAUCAAAUAAUCCAUUGCAGCACAUGAGGUGGUGGGAGAAUUGCAUUCAUGGCUCUGGCUGCAGUUUAGCCCACAAGCCUGUGAAUCCAUAACAGUUUCCUUGUGCCCUUGACCACCAUAUCUUGCUGGGUGUUUAUCAAAUGAUCCCAUAAACAAAAGCCUGGGAAUUCCUCAUGUGUUUCUGGAGGCUGCUCAGCUGUCAGCAGGAUCCCAGUGUGUGUUCAGUAAGGGUGAGAAGGCUGACUGCUGCCUCACUGAGGGAAAAGGACAUUGGUGGGAGUUUUCCUCUCCUUAGGACAAUCACAUCUCUACACCUGUCCUGAUACCUGCCACCAAACACACAUGUCGUGUCCUGGCUUUCUGCUUUUCUUUACCACCUGCCAGGUGGUUGGUAACUUUAGUAACUCCCAGGGGCCAUAUGUGUACAUAAUAUUUUAUAACUACCUGGAUACUCCAUUAGUAGCCAGGGGUUGUGUUUUUAAUGACUCCCUUGCACACAGUGGGAGUCCAUUCCAGAGAUGAAGCAAACAUGUUACAUGUGCUGUGAACAACUGUACCCAGCAUUCUGCUUGACUAUUGCAAUGACAUUUUUCUCCAUUACAGUAAAUAUUAAAAUCCAAACUCUUGGCUCAUCUUUUGUGUUGUGAAAUACCCUAGUGGCUGUAAACAAACCCAGUCCCAAGGAAUUAGAACUUUUUAUGUUACUCAUAUUACAGCCUUGUAACAGGAUGUUGUAACAUCCAAUGGGCUUUGAAAAGCAAGUGUAAAGAAAGUGGUCUGUGGCUUGGAUUUAUUUUCAACUCUGUCUACCUUAGGUUGGGUUACAAGCCAUCUCCCAUUUGACAGUCCUGCGUGGAAUCUGAUAAAACGGGUGCUCUUGAGGAUCUAACCCUGUUACUAAUAUGAAUGUAGAGUGUGGAACUAACAAGCUGUUUGAUGACCAUUAAUAGUCAGAUUCUCCUCAUGGGUCCAUGUCACUGUGGGUUGCAGCAGCUCUGCUCUCCUGGCAUAUUAACAGAGGGACAGCAGUUUCCUGGGGAGCAGCCCUCCUGUCCUUACCUGUGAGGUAAAGUUGUGUGUGUCAUAGGCCCUUUGAAACAGCUCCUGCUGUCCUGUUCUUGACCUUAAAUACACUGUACUAAAGUUUAUUGUAAGAGGUGAAUUAAUGAAAAUAAA